AUGGCAACUGGAGGUCCCAUCACGGAGUUCUGUGAAGAAGCUACUUGUUCCAUCUGCCUGGAAUAUUUCAAACAACCUGUUACUAUAGACUGUGGGCACAAUUUCUGCCAGGCCUGCCUGACCCAGUACUGGAGAGAGUCUGACACAGACUCAUCCUGCCCUCAGUGUAGAGAAACAGUUCAGCAAAGGAACUUCAGGCCAAACUGGCAGCUGGCAAAUCUUGUUGAACUGGUCAAGAAACUUCAGGAGGAGAAAAAAGAAGAGGGCAAGAGGGGAGUGUGUGAGAGGCACCAGGAGCCCCUGAAACUCUUCUGCAAGAAUGAUCAAGAUCCCAUCUGUGUGGUCUGUGAUCGAUCCAAGGAACACCGAGAUCACAGUGUGUUUCCUAUGGAAGAGGCUUGCCAGGAGUAUAAGGAGAAAAUUCAGGCUCAAAUAAAGUCUCUGGAGAAGGAGAGAGAGAAGUUUGUGGAUUGGAAACUAACUGAAGAAAAGGGAAGGCAGAGGUGUCUGAUACAGCUAGAAGAGGAGAAGAAGAAGAUCAGAUCUGCUUUUGAGCGAAUGCAGAAAUUUCUCGAGGAAAAAAAAUGCUUCUGGCUGACCUUGCUGGAUGAUCUGGAAAAAAAGAUUGAGAAGAGACAGGAAGAAAAUGACGCUAGACUUUCAGAGGAGAUUUCCAGUCUCAAUAAGUUGAUCAGAGAAAUGGAGAGCAAGUUGCAGCAGCCAGCAAGUGAAUUUCUGCAGGACAUCAGAAGCACAUUGAACAGGUAUGAGAAAGCACAAGGGAGGCAGCCAAUAGAAUUUCCUCCAGGACUAGAAGAGACACUCAGAAUUUGUGCUCAGAAAAAUUCUGCUCUAGAAAAGGCUAUUGAAAACUGUGAAGAGUCUCUGAAGCAAGCGUUGCACAAAGUGAAUGUCACCUUGUAUCCGGACACAGCUCACCCCAACCUCAUCCUCUCUGAAGACCUGAAGAGCGUGCAAUGGGGAGACAGACGCCAGGACCUGCCCAACAACCCCGAGAGAUUUGAUAAGGAGCCGUGUGUGCUGGGCCGCGAAAGGUUCACUUCGGGCAGACACUGGUGGGAGGUGGAGGUGGAGGGAGAAUGGGCAGAGUGGGCCGUAGGGGUGGCGCGGGCGUCGGUCAAGAGGAAGGCAGAGAUUAGCCUCAAUCCCAGCGAGGGAUUCUGGGCUCUGCAGAAGACGAUGAUCGAUACUUUGGGGUCCUUCUCAGAUUGGCAGCUCUCGGCUCUGACUUACCCCAAGCUGACCCUCGUCUACUCAAGAAGUGAACUCCGGAAGAUUCGGGUGUCCCUGGACUACGAAGAGGGUUGCGUGGAGUUUUUUGACGCGGAUACCAACCACUUGAUCUUCGCUUUCCCUUCAGCCUCAUUCUCGGGGGAGAAGAUCUGCCCUUUUUUCUAUCUGAAGUGGGGAGGUAAACUGAAAUGCUAA